AUGCAUCCAGAACUGGAUUAUCAUUCCUCUAGAUCAGAAGAUCACCAAGAGGAAGAGGAGCCCCGAGCCAACAAGAGGAUCAAGACCGGCCCAGUUCCUCGAAAGCCGGCGUGUCAAACCUGCCGUAAGCGCAAGGUUCGCUGUGAUAACAGCCGACCGGCUUGCGGAUUCUGCUCUACCAUUGGAACCGAUUGUGUAUAUACUACCCGCGGGGAUAACGAGAACAAGCAAGAGCUUGGCAAAGUCCUAGAUCGUUUGGACACUCUUACACAAACCGUGGAGAGUAUCCAGCACUUUCUCACUGCCAAUCAAAACGCUAGGCCCAGUAUUCCACAGGAAAAGGAAUGCGAUUCACGACCACCAAGCUUUCCAGUCAGAGCGGCUGAGUGGCAGAAAGAUUACCUGCAGAUCCCUGCCUCUCGAUGCAGCGCUGAUACGGUCCUCACCUGGCCCAUCUUUCAAGGCCAAUUUCGCGAAAGCGCUUUGAUUACUACCCUCUUCCAGUAUUCUCACGGAACAGUCGAUGACCGUUCAUCCGAGGCAUGGACUGUACCGGAUGGCCUGAGAUUCACACCCGACGAGCAAAUCCCAGCCCUGGUGGAUCGAUUUAUCCAGAAUGUGCACACCAAAAACCCGAUUCUGGACCUGGAGUCUCUCAUUAGGUCUGGACGGCACGCCGCUGAAGUUGGAUUCCAGUGGGAUGCGCAAUCAUGCCUCGUUCUCUUGACUUGUGCUCUAGGGUGUAUCUCACAGCCAUUCACAGUUUCUACACAGGGAUCGAAUAUGGAAAGCCCAUUCCAUGAACCGUCAGAACAGUACGGUCGAGAUUCCAAAAGUAGCUCUGCCGUUUUGCUGCAGGAAGGCGAGGCCUUUUUCACGCUGGCAUGCAGAAGAAUCGGUCUCCUGCGAUACUCAGUCAUUGGCGCACAAUGCCACUUCUUCGCCGGAGUUUAUUUGAUGUACACAUUCCGACCACUCUCGGCCUGGAACCAUUUCUACCAAGCCUCCACAUUCUACCGACUACGCCUGAGGCUGAUCGAUGGGCUUGACAAAUCUGUCUAUGAGGUUGAACAGCAAGGGGCGUCUGUGGCUCGACGCCUAGAACAAAGUCUCUAUUGGUCGUGUUUCAAAUCAGAAGUCGAAAUCCGGGUGGAGUUACCGCUACCCCAAUCUGCAAUCGCGGAAUAUGAAUAUCCAGCGCUGUUUCCCACUCCUCCAACACUUCCCGACGAAUAUCCAGAAAAUGGACAGACUGGCGCCGACGGGGCCAGCCCUGGCAUAGUGCCUUGGUCACUGGAUACGGAACGAUCGAAUCUGCCCCCAAGAGCGAUAUAUAACCACAUCACUAAUUUGUUCGAUGAACAGCAAAGUUGGUACUACUAUCUGACGGAAGUGGCUCUGAGGCGCAUAGGGAAUCGAGUCUUGAACGCCUUCUACCGCGAGGAGCCAUCUACAUGGUCCAACAUCAAACCGUUCAUCUCAAUAGCCUCUGAAUUUGAGUCACAGAUUGACGAAUGGCUAGCAAACCUCCCCCCGGCAAUGCGCUUCUACGAAGCCGACUCAAAUUUUGGGAGCGCUAGACAUGGACCCACAGCAGAUGUCCGAGAAUCAAUAUCACUGGAACUCAGCUGGGCCCUCAGCAAUCGCUUUCUGGAGAUUCGCCUUUGGCUUUACCAGCCAUUCCUGUUCUUUGCCGUUCAUCGUCCCAUCACGGGGAUGGUCCCCGUCCCGCUAACUAAUGACGAAUCCAGGCUAGUUCAGGGCUUUGUCGAGUCUGGCCUGAAUUGCAGUAUGAGGAUUCUUCAAGCGCGGUGUCUCCGCCACCGUCAUCAUGGUAUCUGGUUUGAUCUGCGUGCUCUGGUGACGGCUUCGUUGGUUUUCAUCGCGAUGGCGCGAAGCGGCAACCUCGGCCGGGAAACGAUCCAUCCAGAGGGCCUGCGACGUCACUUGGCGCCAACCCUGGAGGCUUUGACAUACUGGGAAGAAGAAUCCCCUGACAUCAAGAAGGCUCGAGGAACUCUGGAUGAUUUACUUCGCGAAUUUGACUAG